GCGCGCGACACACGCUGUUCGUUGGUAUUGCGAUUGCGGCCAUUGAAUUCAUCCAAACUGAUCCAAACGUACUACCCCACUGAAAUGCGUACCCUCACAGGAGACAUCGUUAAAUCUUGGUUAAAUAGUUGAUUCGUAACGUCGGAUUCAUUAUUUGACUACUAGUUUGGUUAGAUCAAGAUUGUACGACUCUUGAGUGACAAAUCUGGAUACAAUUUCUUGAGUUAUGCACAAAUGUGAUUGAUUGGUCUUGUUCGGAGAUAUUCCAGAUCAAUUUCUUCAUGAAUCUCUUGUCGGAUGAACACUUUCAAUUUGUGAAGUCUGAAAUAUGAGUGGGAUCAAAAUCACCGAUGGUACAGGCUUGGAGGAUCUCGGUGUUCCCGGCCAAGUUUUUUUGAGAGAUGCUCUGACAAGUUGUACCGAUCCUUUGAAAGCUAUCGAAGAAUUCCAAUUGGAGAAUGGGAUAUUACUACCAUCUCUGCGUCCCAUGUUACCACUACUGGACCUUCAUGGCGUUAGAAGACUUGAUUUCCAUGCCUCAGUCCUGGAAGAACUAAGGGAGAAACUUGUCAAACGCAUAACAGAAAUUGGAGCUGAAAGGGGAGAAAAAGCCGGAGGUGAUCGAAGGCUCAAAGACCUAUUGGCUAAGAGUUUUCCUGCUGUAAGAGUCGCCGCAUUAAGACCAGUCGUGAUGUGUAUUUUAAGAAACACACCUCACAUCGAUGACAAAUACCUCCGUGUAUUAGUCAGAGAGAAGGAACUUUACAACGAUGCCGAUACAGAAGUCAAACGACAGAUUUGGAAGGACAAUCAGAGUCUGUUCGGCGAUGAGGUCUCACCGCUGUUCAGCCGGUACAUCAUUGAGAAAGAACAGGUUUUAUUUGACCAUCGUAAUCUCACUGCACUCUUCUUUUCACCCUCACCCAAAGUCAGACGACAGGGAGAAGUAGUACAAAAGCUUGCCCACAUGAUAGGGCACAGUGUUAAACUUUAUGACAUGGUUCUUCAAUUUUUGAGGACCCUUUUCCUGCGAACAAAAAAUAUUCAUUAUUGUACUCUUCGCGCCGAGCUUCUGAUGGCAUUACACGAUCUAGAGGUUCAAGAUAUAAUAUCUGUUGAUCCUUGCCAUAAAUUUACUUGGUGUCUAGACGCUUGCAUCAGAGAAAAAAAUGUAGACAUUAAGAGGUCUCGAGAGUUGCAGGGAUUUCUCGAUAGUGUCAAGAGAGGCCAGGAGCAAGUGCUUGGUGACUUAAGUAUGACGCUGUGUGACCCAUAUGCAGUAAAUUUUCUAGCAAGCAGUGCAAUUAAGAUAGCCCUCCACCUCAUCAAUGGUGAAGCUUUGCCACGUGACAACGCAGUUCUGGUUCUACUCCUGCGAAUGUUGGCUUUGGGUUUAUCUGCUUGGCAAAUGAUCGAUUCUCAAGAAUUUAAGGAGCCAAAACUUGACAGCCAAGUCGUGACAAAGUUUUUGCCAGCUCUGAUGUCCCUCAUGGUUGACGACCAGAUAAGACAGUUGAACGGAAAGCUUCCACCGGACGAAAGGGAAAGUGCUAUUGCCAUUAUCGAGCACUCUGGACCACCUCCCGAUGCGUGCCAGGCAUAUGCCCAACUUUCAGGAGUCGCGGCUGUACUGUCAAUGUACCACGCAUUGCACGUCGGUGGCGGUGGAGGUGGAGGAAGAGGCAGAGGUGAUGCCCGCGGAUUGAUGCGUGUUUUGGCUACUCUACCGAAUUGCCAGGCUCAGCGAGCAUUUGAAGACCCCUUUUUGCAUACCUUGGUAUCCCUGCUGAUUAUCAACAUGGCUGACGAAUUCUCAGGAGAAUCGUUUUGCACAGUAAUUUUUGAUGAAUUCUUUCUGGCGGGUUUAGCCAGGGACAAUGUGACUAGACAUCUGUUAAAACUUCUAUGGUAUAUUCACCUUAAGCUACCUCCCACACGAUUGCAUACUCUCCUGAAAGCUCUGCAACCCAACAGUCAGCACAACGAAGCUGUACAUACUUUGUACCAGUCGCUUCGCGAGAAGAUCGGUAGUUGACUAGAUAAAAGUAUUUUGACAUUGCCAACGUCGAUGGAUACCCUUGGGAGUCCCCUAUUCUCUACUCGAUUUUCUUUCCUGUGAUGAACUAGGAACGCUGAUGUAACGCUUGUAUCAUACGAUACCUCUAGAUCUUAUAACUUCAGUUACAUCUGAGACGAGUAGUUUUCUGAGAUUGAAUAUAACAAGAUAAGGCGAUGCUAUGAAUUGACGAGUGAUAAAACACGCAAAACAACAAGUCAAGGUCAUGGUUUUGAUGAAAUUAAUGCAGUCAAUGCUUAACUAUGAUCAGAAAAGUAAAUCAAUGUGCACAAAGGUUUUGCAGCACAUGGCCCACAUUGUGCAGCAUCGAUAUAUCAUGCUCCGCUAUUAUUUCAGACCAUAUUUUUAUUUCAUCAACAUGGCACAAUAAAAUUUGUUUAUAAACGA